GGAAAUGUCUUAAGAAGUAAAGCCUAAUACAACUGACCGGAAGAGAUGGUAAAGGGAAGUGUUAUCUCAUUACUAAUGCGGUUACUAUUGGCGGAGGUAUUGUGUUCACACAUAUGUGAGGGCCGCCGGACACCAGUGUUCUCAGCAUCACUGCCGGGGAGGUGUCCCUCACCUCCCUGUGAAUGCACUGCCGAUGACCUAAACCGGAAACAAGUCACGUGCUCUGUGGGUAAUCUCACAGCCAUUCCGGUGGACAAAAUGGAUAAAUCAAUUCAAGUCCUCAACAUAACAGCCCCUCAAAGCAAUGUGAAUCACAUAACUCUGGGAAGAAUAUUCUUGGACUUACAUCAGUUGGAAGAGGUGCACAUCACGUACAGCAACCUCCCGGCCAUUGGCGACUCGUCCUUCUGGCCGGGAACAGCUCUCAGACUCUUAAAUCUAAGUCACAACAGCAUCACAAUCGUGAGGGACAGUGAUUUCAAUCGGUUGGACGGUCUGACAACUCUAGACCUGAGUGACAACCACUUGUCGAGGGCUCCAUCGGCGGCCUUCCGUCACCUGACAAACUUGACAUCACUUUCAUUGGCUCGCAAUCGGUUCACAAAACUGGUUCCGCGACUCUUCUACAAACUCGAGAGACUGGAAGUACUAGAUCUCAGUGGAAACCCUUUGCGCGAAAUACACGGCGAGGACUUUAAAGACAUUAGAAACCUAUCGGCUCUUAAUCUAUCGAAAUGUCGUUUAGAAAAA